AUGUUAGCUGUGCACUUUGACAAGCCAGGAGGACCAGGAAACCUUUACCUAAAGGAGGUGGACACACCGAGACCAGGACAGGGCGAAGUCCUGCUUAAGGUGGUGGCCAGCGCCCUGAACAGGGCCGACUUGCUUCAGAGACAAGGCCAGUAUGCCCCACCUCCAGGGGCCAGCAGCAUUUUGGGACUUGAGGCAUCUGGACAUGUGGCUGAGCUGGGACCCGGCUGCCAGGGGCACUGGAAGCCUGGAGAUGCAGCAAUGGCUCUGUUGCCUGGUGGGGGCCAGGCUCAGUAUGUCACUGUCCCUGAAGGACUCCUCAUGCCCAUCCCGGCAGGGCUGUCGCUGCCCCAGGCUGCAGCCAUCCCAGAGGCCUGGCUCACAGCCUUCCAACUGCUGCACUGUGUGGGAAGUGUACAAAAGGGCGAGACAGUGCUCAUCCACGCGGGCACAGGAGGUGUGGGCACGGCUGCCAUUCAGCUGACCAGGCUGUUCAAAGCCAUCCCGCUGGUGACCACGAGCUCCAAGGAGAACAUUCAAAGGGCCCAGAAGCUGGGUGCUGCAGCUGGGUUUGACUAUAAGACAGAAGACUUCUCUGAGGGGGCCCUGAAAGCCACCGAGGGCGUGGGAGUCAAUGUGAUCCUGGACUGCAUUGGCGGCUCUUACUGGGAGAAGAACCUCCACUGUUUGGCUCAAGAUGGCCGAUGGGUUCUCUAUGGCCUCAUGGGAGGAGCAGAGGUCAACGGUCCUCUGCUGUCCAAGCUGUUGUGUAAGCGAGGAAGUCUGCGGGCCAGUCUACUAAGGUCCAGGGACAAGAAGUAUAAGGAAACAUUGGUGAAGAUUUUCACAGACCAAGUAUUGCCUCACUUCUCCCCUGGGAGUGCUGUGCAGCUGCGGCCUGUCAUGGAUAAAGUCUUCACCAUGGCUGACGUCCAGAAGGCACACUCUCACAUGGAGAACAACCAGAAUGUGGGAAAAAUUAUCCUGGAGAUGCCCUGA